UUAUACCUUAUACUUUAUACCCUAACCAUAUACUUUAUAUCCUAAACAACGAACCGUCAAAGAUUACUUAUCAAGUUUAGUAUAAAUUGUUGUAACUAAUGGUUAAUUUAUUUAUUAGACCAUAAAAAAUUACAUACAUAUAUACAUAUUAGCCUUCAAAGCAUAUAAGAAUAAUUUUAACUAGUCAUGCCCUCCAUAUAAAAGUUAAAGAUUCAUAUUUCAAAAACUAAAAUUAUGAAAAACCAAAAAAUUGAAAACACCAAAUUUGUUUCCUUCUUUCUUUUCACAAAAACACUAAAAUUUCACUCCUUCUUUCUUCUUCCAUACAUUAGAAUAACUCAAUUUUCCCUCAUCUUUCUCUUCCAUAAAAUUGAAAGAACCAAAUUACCCUCUUCUUUCCUUCUACAAAAAGUUGAAAAGUCAAAAGUUUCCCUCCUUAUUUCUCUUUCAUAAUCAAAAGAAUCAAAAUUUUCCACUUCUUUCUCUUCCCGCAUAUCAAAACCACCAAAAUUCGCACUUGUUUCUUUUCUAAAAAAUUCAAAGAACCAAAUUUCCCUCUUCUUUCUCUUCCCAAAAACUUGAAUACACCAAAAUUUCCCUCUUCUUUUAAAAACAUCAAAUUACCAAAUACAUUACUUUACUUUAUUUAUAUUUAAUGAUAAUUUUAUUGAAUAGUUAAAUUAACCAAAAUUUUAAUUUAUAUAUUAUAUUAAUAUUGUCAUGAUCUCAAGUGACCUUCAUUUUUGUCAUUUUCUUAAAAUACGUAAUAUCAAGUGAGUUUCAUAUCUUUAAAAUUUCUUAUACGAAAUGAAAAAAUAAUUUUACUUAAGUUUAGAAUGAAAAACUUUAUUUUGAAAAACUAUGAUUAUUCAAGUGGAUUAGAUGAAAUUCGGGUUGAGUCGGUCGGGUUACGGGUUAGUCGGGUUCGGGUCAAUGGGUUCGAGUUAAUCGGGUUGCGGGUCAAAUGGGUUCGGGUUAAUCGGGUUGCGGGUUAGUUAGGUUGCGGGUCAAUCGGGUUGCGGGUCGUGCGGAUUACGAGUUGUUGACUUUUAGUCAAUUCAGAUUGCGGGUCGAGUUGAUCGGACGGGUUAAUCGGUUCGGACUAUGUUUCGACACCUUGUCAUCAACUAACUGUCACAAUGGAUUGUGAUUAGCAUUAGGGCGCACGUCUGAAAUAUUGUUCACCAACCAUGAUUUUUAUAUAUAUAUAUAGUUAUAUAUCUAUCUGCAAAUCGAUAUCUCCCUCUCCAGAGAUCACCCACUUUGUUUGUAUUAUCUAUCUAUAAUCCAGCUAUUAACCUGCUUGCCUUGCCUGGUCAAUAGUUACUUAAUCCAUUCCCAACUCAAUAGAAUAAAAAUUACAAGCAAACUACACGAAUCCACCUCUCCAAAAUUUCCACCCAUUCUUGUCCGUACAUUCCCCCGAUCCAGCGACCCUUUCUCCUGCUCAAAAAACCCAAAAACAAAAACAAAAACAAAAAAUUACGAAAAAGGAUUGAAGAUAAUCACUUAAACAAAACAACAUUCUCUCAGUUUUUCCCCUUUCUCAUACAAACAACAAAUCUUCCAACUUCUCUGAACGUUUUUUCUCCCCAUCCCCCUCCACCCGAAAAGUACAAAAGGAAAAACGUUAAUGGAAUCGAACAUUAAUUCUGAACAGGCUCAUCCUGACGUUGCCAAACCUACAGACACCACCACCAACAAGGACGACCCUCCUCCCACCGUCCCUGAUUCAUCAGCCGCCGCAGAUGGUAACGACGAUGCAUCACCCGCACCGCACAUCCACCACAGUCGCAGCGGCCACCUCCUUGAUGAUUCCUCUUCUUCUGGUCCCGAAAACGGCGCGGACAAGGAUGGCUCCGCCUCAAGCCCUGACCAAAACGGUGACGUUUCACAUGAUCCGCCGCCUCCUAAUCUUGACGAGGAAAUCCAUCUCACCCUGCAAACCCUCUCUCCUGACAUCGACCAUUUCCUGAUCACUCUCUCAGAAAGAAAGAUGGUGGUUUCCUCGCAGGAAACAUUAGUGGGGGAGAUGGAAGAGAAAAAGGAGCACGAUGAGAAGCAGGAGACGGAAGACAAGGAUGAGAAGAAUGAGGAUCCGAUUUCAGGGGAGAAAGAAGCCGGCUCCCGCGAACAUAAGCCGGAUUCGGAAGAGGCGGGACCUGAUGAUGAAGAAGGCAAGAAGGAGGAGGAAAAAGAAAAGCAAAUCUGUAAGAAGAGAUCGACCAUCUUGAUGCCGGAAUUUGUGGAGAAGUACGUGGAUCUGGUCGACGGGAAGAUCAGGGAUCGUGAUUCAUCUUCCGACGGGAAAGGAGGAGGCGGAGGGGGGAAGUGGUGCCUCUCGCCAGAUGAUGAUGCGUUAUUCAUGGAGAUCGUGAAUCGUUUCUCCAGGCUAGCGAGUUCGCUCAACGAGUUUCGAUCGGAUCCAGAUCAUGCUCAUCUCGUGAACCGGAUCGGAUCAAUUCACCAGCGAGCAAUGUCGUAUUUGGAGGAUGAAUUCGGGUUUCUUCUCCAAGAGCAUGCCAAUCAACAACCGGUACAAGAACCAGAUUCCGCGGGAAAAUCAUCAGCAAAAGCGGCAGAAACCGGUGAGGGAGGGAGUCCGCUGCCAGAAUCGCAAUCAAAGCUUGAGGAAGAAAAGGAAUCGCCGUAUCCUGGGUACAGUGAAGAAACGGUGACGAAUCUGAGGAAUAUCGCGAGCCAGAUGAUCGCCGGUGGGUACGAAUCAGAGUGUUGCCAGGUGUACAUGAUCGUACGGCGGCACGCCUUGGACGAGACCCUAAUCCAGUCAGGAUUCGAGAAGAUCAGCAUCGACGAUGUCCAGAAGAUGGCGUGGGAGAAUCUCGAGCGGGAAAUCCCGAUCAUGACUUCCAUCAUCAAAGAAUGCGCCAGCGUCCAUUUCCCCAAAGAGCACAAAUUAGUCCACUCUGUUUUCUCAAACUACCCUUCCCUCUCCAUCUCCCUCUUCAGCAACCUAAGCAGAGGAAUUCUUAUCCAGUUCCUCAAUUUUGCCGAAGGAGUCGCCAUGUCUAAGAGAUCCACGGAGAAGCUCUUCAAAUUCCUCGACAUGUAUGAAACCUUGCGAGAUGGAUUCGCUGCAAUCGAAGGCUUGUACCCGGAGGAGUCUGAGGGCGAGCUGAAAACCGAGGCCACGACGGUAAAGGGAAGAAUCGGAGAAGCGGCAAUUAACAUCUUCAGCGAUCUGGAGCAUUCAAUCAAAAACGACCAUGGAAAGACUCCGGUCCCCGGCGGCGCCGUCCAUCCGUUAACCCGCUACACGAUGAACUACCUGAAAUACGCCUUUGAGUACAAGUCGACUUUGGAGAAUGUUUUUAGAGAGCAUUCCAAAAUCGAGCGUGCAGAUUCAACGAGCCGGCCUAGAUUCGAAGGCGAUUCGAAUCAAGCUGGAGGAGGCGGUGACCAGGACAAUAACCAGUCUCCAUUCGCCGGCCAGCUGGCGAGGAUCAUGGAUUUCCUAGAUCAAAACCUAGAGUCGAAAUCGCAACUCUACAGAGACGUAUCCCUCUGCUGCAUCUUCAUGAUGAACAAUGGGCGGUAUAUUUUACAAAAAAUCAAGAGCUCUCCGGAGAUCCACUGCGUUAUGGGGGAUCCGUGGUGCCGUCGAAAAUCGUCGGACCUCCGGAACUACCACAAGGGGUACCAGAGGGAGACGUGGAGCAAGUUGCUAGGGUGUCUGGCACAGGAGGGCGUGCAGGUGCAUGGGAAAGUGUCCAAGACCGUGUUGAAAGAGAGGUUCAAGAACUUCAACAUCAUGUUCGAUGAGAUACACAGGACGCAGAGCCAGUGGGUGGUGAGCGACGAACAGUUGCAGUCAGAGCUUCGGGUGUCGAUAGCGGCAGUGGUGAUUCCGGCGUACAGGGCCUUUCUAGGGAGGUUCUCGCAGUAUUUUACUCCCGGCAGGCAAUACGAGAAGUAUGUAAAGUAUCAGGCGGAGGAUAUAGAGAAUUGUGUGGAGGAGCUGUUCGAGGGGAACGCUAGUUCCAUAGCCAGGAGGAGAUGAUAAAGAUGAUUGUUGUUAAUUACUUGGAAAUGACUAUGGUUAACUAGUGGAUUAAUAUGGUUUUGCUAAUUAGUAGUGUUGUCUUUGUAGGUUUGGGGGAACUUCAACAUCAUAAUCAUCGUGAGAUCAAAGAUUGUAUUAUUGUAAUUUACAUUUUAAUGGGCAGAUAUAAUUUUUUAGUUCUUUUCUUUUUUAUCUUUUCGGAACUCAGUCAUUAAACUUAGUAUACAUUGCUACAAUGAAAACUAAACAUAGCAUUUUGAGGACCGAGGUGAUCAAACCACUAAAUAACUCUCCCAAAGUAUAUGCCUCUAUUAGUGACGGUGUUAUUUUGCUUGUACGCCGUCUAUAAUCCAUCAAUUAAAAGUUAUUAUUGCAACAAUACAAUCGCAAUUACUCAUGAAAUUCAAACAAAAAAACAUGUAUACUAUAGUUUUAUUUAGGGCUAAUACCACUGGAAAUACCAACCUUUAGCGAAAGUGUCAUUUAUAUUACGUAACUUCAAUAAACACAAAAAUAUUCCAACCUAUCGGGUAUUUGCGUCAUUUAUGUUACACGAAUUUCUGUUGACCGUUAGAGUUAACCGUUGACCUAACGGUGUCAACUUAUGUUUGACUAUUGCUUAUGUGGCGCUGCCACGUAGGAAAUUUACUAUUUUAAAAUUUUAAAUUUAAUUUAUUUUGAAAAUAAAUAAUUUAAUUUUUAAACAAAUUUAAUUAAUUUUUUAAAAUAUUUUUCUCUCUGCCCUCCUCCGCGACCUCAUCCAUCGUUGUAAAUGCUGCUCGUCAUCGAAUCCGAAGCCAAUCCCAAAACCCGCGUCGUCUCCGGCAUCGACCUCAACCACGUUGUCAUUUUCAGACUCCGGGUACCUCCCCUCCGAGCUUGGCCUCACAAAUCUGGCUCUCUUCCCCAAUCGGACACCAUGGAGCUCAAGGCGGCGAGCCGGCGACCCUGUUAUCAAGGCUGGCAUUUCGAUUUCUAUUCUCGCAGGAUCGCCUUCCAGUGGAAAAACACUGCCCGGCGUCGCUCGUAGCCGUAGGGGGCUGCCCGGGAGUGGAAGACGACAAGUCUUUCAGGGUCGAUGUCGUCAAAUCCAAAAUUUCCCGACUCUUCGACAGGGACAAGCCGGACCACAAGAUCUCUGGAGGACAGGUCAUCGGCUUCAGGAUCUGGUACUCCUUCCCUCCAAAGUGGAAAAACCGGAUCAUCAGUGGUGGCAGGGAGGGAUCGACGAGAGGCUUGGUAUUUACGCAUCGUCGACGACGGCGAGUUUGGCGGUGUUAAAUUGACUCUCCCUGUUUAUUGUAUUGCAUUUUUUUCUGCACCAUAAAAUUGAAAAGCUUGGCGAGCUCAAGCCAUAAAAAACCCAGAAUCUAGUUCAUCUUGAAUCUCCUUGCCUUCUUUUGCAUCUUGAAUCCAUACCCCGACCCUGUCCACCAACCCGACUCAAAACUCCUCUGCCGAAUCUACACAGAAGACAGAACCUAGAAUCCCAAAUGAUGCUUUCACAAUAAAAGGUUGCUCUCACACUUUCUAAAAGAUUGCCUCGCCAUUUACAUUUUUCUUUGCCCAAAAUCCCAAUUUCACAAUAAUGGGCCCCAAUUUCAUAUGUUUUUCUUUGCCAAAUUGGAGGCCACGGAGGGGACUGACCAGCAGAGGCGAUUAGUGUGGCCAAAGGAUGGUAAUUCGGUAAAUGGAACUGUUUCACAUAAGUAGAAGAGAUCGGGAGAAUGUUGAGAGAGGGAAGGGUCUGACGGCACCGCCUCUGGGCAUUUAGAGGUUUAGGGUUUUCUUGAGGUGUGGGGCGGGUGAGAGAGAGAAUAAAGAGGUGGAUAUUCAUUUUAAUUUUUUUUAUUAAAAAAUUCCAUGUGAG